AUGACCGGGAAAGUCAAUAGAGACCUUUUCUUCAAACUGGCAUCUGAUCUGCAAGAAGAACGACUACAUGCAGCUGUCGCUCUGAUAAAGGACUUAUCCGCUUUAGAAUUGCCCAGCGAUGCAGAAGAAUGGUCAUACGUAUUGAAUCGUUUGAUUAAGGGUUUAGCAUCUGAUAGAAAUAGCGCAAGACUGGGAUUUUCCCUAUGUUUGACAGAAGUAGUCAAUUUGGGUAUCAAUAUGCCAUCUGGUCAACGCCCAAAAGGUUUAGAAUCAAAAAAUGAAUUUUUAGACACAUUGUCAUCUAUUCUAGAUAUUUAUGUCAAUGACGGAAGUAAGAAGCCCGUUAAGGGCAAAGAUGAACGUGGGAUUCUAUUUGGGAAGUUAUUCGGUUUGAAAUCAUUAUUGAAUGAGCCUUUGUUCUCAGAGAUCUUUGUCGAUGAUAUAAAGAAAGGUAACACCGAAUUUGUUAUACGAUUUAUGGAACAACUGAUUGAUUUGGCUUUGAGAAAGAAUUGGAUCAGAGAACCAUGCCUUUUUAGUCUUUUCCAGACUAUAAAAAUGCUACUGCCAUUUAUGAAUGAGAGUACUGCCGUGAAAAUACUUCUGAUAUAUGAUAAAUAUGAUUUGACCCUAACGAAUGAGGGACUAUCGACUUAUUUGGUGCUGAAAUAUGAAAGUGAUGAAAGUUUAAUUCCUUCAACACUAGAUUUGAGAAACUCAGGUUGGAAAAAUAACGAUCCUCUAGCAAGAGGAAAUCUACCUCUUUUAACAAAAGUUUUAAGAGACUCUUCUGUCCUACCAGAUACCAAUGGGAAGUUACAAGAUGCAAAAAAGCAAAAAAACGCAAACUGGAACCCUAGGCUUCAUUUCGUUUGGGAUGUUUUGCUACCGCUGUUUGGUAGUGGGAAAUUGGAAAAUACCGAGCAUAUUACCAAGAAAAGGAAGAAAACCAGCGGCAAAAAGGUUCAGAACUCAAUUCAGUUCCCCGAGUUUUGGAAAAUGGCAGUAGAUGAAUCAUUUUUCAACGAAAAAGCGUCUAGCGAAAGAAAAUAUUUAGGCUUCUUAAUAAUUGAUGCCACUUUUAAGACAGUGCCGGGCUCUUGCAUUGGUUCUUGCUUUAGCCAGAAUGUUAUGAGAACCUUGAUCAACCAAUCUAUAGAUUCACAAAGAAUUUUGAACAAAAUUGCUCAAAUAACUCUAGAAUCCAUAGUGAAAGCCUGUGAAGAAGACCCAAUAAAAAAAUUAGUUCCUUGUUUGAAUGCAAUGUUAUUUGGACCCCAUGGUUCCAUAAACUUUGAUAAGUUAACGAAAUCUAAUAUUAUCUCCAAACUUAUUGCAAUUAAAGAAUUACCUUCCGCAGUCCUUGCCCAAUUGAUUAGUGCAUUUUUACUACAAUUACAGGAAAAAAGGGGAGACCUUCCUCAUACACAUUUCAUUCUUGAUUCCUUACUUCAUAUAAUUCGUGCUCACAAAGUCGAGAUCAAUGACGUAGGAAUAAUUAAGCCUGUGUUGACACCGAUUAUCCAUAUGGCAUUUUUCAAGCAUGCAACAGAUGAGCAGGAGUUUGAGCAACUACACGAAUUAGCAAAAGAGAGGCUUUAUUCUAUCCUGGGUGAGUUGACAAUUAACAAAGAAGUAAACUCCGAAGACCCUCAGAUAAACUCCUGGCAAUAUUUGACGUUAAACUUAAUUUUAGAUAUAGAAAAAUCUUAUAAAGCUGAUUUAAUUAAUCCACUUGACGAAAGCUUGGAAAAGAUAAAAAACGAAGCCAUAUCUUCUUUGGCUGAAAUAUCCAAGUCGAAUACCACUCAAUCCUGGGGGUUAAGCACGUUGUUAUCUAUGUGCUUGAUACAAUUAUAUGCGGGUGAAACUGAUUCAAUUUCCGUGAUCGAAGAAUUAUGCGAAUUCACUAAACACGACAACAAUUCAAUGGUUGGCAUUACUGAAAUCUUGCUGUCAUUUUUAGCUCAAAAGAAGGCAUUACUCAGAAAAUUGAGUUUGAUAAUCUGGCAACAGUUUAUUGAAGAUGUUGGAUUGGAAGAAUUACAAAUUUUGCUAGAUGUUUUGAAAGCCAGAGAAAACAAGCAAGGUUUUGCUCAGCUAUUCGAGGGUGAAGGGGAGUUUGAAGAAAUCAAUGAGGAAGAAAAUGCCAAUGAAGGCGAUUCGAAAAGCGAAAGUGAGAGUGAAAGUGAGAGUGAUAGCGAUGAGUCCAAUGAAAAGGAUGAGGAAGACGAGGCAAAUGAAGAUGUCGUAAAUAUCGACAAAGAAGCUACAGGCGCCCUAAUAAAAGCUUUACAUUUACCUGAUAAUAUAGUCAAUGAUAAAGGGGAAGUUGACAUGAAUCAGCUUGGAGGGCUUUCUGAUGAUGAUGAUGAUGAAGAUGAAGAAUCAAUGGAUGAUGAAAAGAUGAUGGAAUUGGAUGACCAAUUAUCCGAAAUAUUCAAACGCCGUAAAGAAGCUUUAUCGAACAUAUCCACCGGAAACCAAAGAAAGGUGGAAGUGAAAGAAUCGAGAGAGAAUGUCAUUUCCUUCAAGCAUAGAAUUGUUGAUAUGUUAACUGUUUAUGUCAAAUAUUGUGAAAAAUUGGCCAUUGCAAAUAAAGUUGAAAACUCUAGCAACCUGGAAGGCCCACUAAGCAAGCUGGUCUAUUUUAUUGUCCCUAUGCUCAAGUGUAUCAGAGAGACUCUUGAUAAGCCACUUGCGGACAAAAUUUCUAAAUUGUUGAAGGGGAAAAUAUUCAAGAUAAAAGCAAAUACAUUCAAAAUUUUGGACAAAAACAUUGAGCUUAUGAAUUUAUUAAAAUCAACACACGAGCUAAUGCUGACCUCUAAACCGGGUCAACAUGCCAGCGUGUUUUUUUCUGCAUGCUCAACCAGUUCAUUAUUUUUGAGUAAAUUGUACUUUGAAAUUGGUGGUAACAAUGCGCUCGAUGAAUUGAUUGAUUUAUAUGCUGCAACGACCAAAGAAUGGAUGCUAAAAGGAAAGUUCAGCACCAAUGUUUUCAUCGAUUUCACCAAUUGGCUAUCUUCAAAAAAGCAAAAUGUAUUAGAUAAGAAAUAA